AAAAUGAGAUGGAUACAAGUUUAUGAGUACAAUUGUUCAUAUAGAAUACUAUGCCAUCUCCAUAAGUUUAAGUACUCAGAGAUGGUCACCAGAUUUGUUUUUUAUUCUGUCGGUUAAAAACGUUUAUAAUUUGUCUAUGAUAUUUGUUUUCUUUGCUCACAAUUGGUCCAAAAAUGCAUACGUCAAUCGAAUGUUCAUGUUUAUUGGUGGAAAUCUAACAUUAUACAAAAUUCAACCAAUCAUAAACGAUUUUGUAAAAGGAAACAAACCAUGUGCUAACAUGGCGAUUUUUCAUCAUUCUUGGCAACUCGUUUGAUAAUUAUUGCGUGACUGUUAUUGGAAUGUUGCUGCAACGAGCAAAAUUCCUCUCUUUUUGACAUAAUUUUCUUCAGAUUGUUAAUCGUUGCACAGGUAAAUAAUGAGUGUCGACGCGUACGGGCCGAGCUCGCAGACGCUCACGUUUUUGGAUACAGAAGAAGCGGAUCUAAUAGGAGCUGACACCCAGGGUUCAGAAUUUGAAUUCACCGACUUUACUCUUCCUUCACAAAGUCAGACCCAGGCCUCCCAGCACGAUCAUGGCCUGUCAUCUAACCAGGUGAACGGUCUUGGGCGAGAUCUCUCCUCUAAAAUAUCCAACGUCACCAAUGCUAUUGCAGAACUUCAAUUUGAGGAGGAAGAUGAAACUUUAUAUAGCAGCAAAGAACUCCCGGACCAUGCGUGUAAAUACUGUGGCAUCCACGAUCCAGCUACUGUGGUUAUGUGUAAUAUUUGUAAUAAAUGGUUCUGCAAUGGCCGGGGUAAUACUUCAGGCUCUCAUAUCAUCAACCAUUUGGUGCGAGCCAAACAUAAAGAGGCGGCUUUACACCGAGAUGGGCCUUUGGGUGAAACUCUUCUAGAAUGCUACUCAUGUGGGGCUCGUAAUGUGUUUGUGCUUGGUUUCAUCCCAGCUAAAGCAGAUUCUGUUGUAGUACUGCUGUGUCGCCAACCAUGUGCUGCACAAAGUUCUUUGAAGGACAUGAAUUGGGAUCAAGAACAAUGGAAACCUUUGAUUUCUGAUCGUGCUUUCCUGUCAUGGCUGGUCAAAGUACCAUCAGAAGCAGAGCAGAUGAGGGCACGCCAGGUUACGCCCCAGCAAAUAGGCCGCCUUGAAGAAUUAUGGCGUGACAAUGUCGAUGCAACCUUCCAAGACCUAGAAAAGCCUGGGGUAGAUGAGGAACCUAACCAGGUUCUCUUGAGGUAUGAAGAUGGCUACCAGUACCAAAACAUCUUUGGCCCACUGGUAAAGUUGGAAGCGGAUUAUGAUAAAAGACUCAAAGAGUCUCAGACCCAGGAAGGAAUCGAGGUGCGCUGGGAUGUCGGUCUCAACAAGAAAACUAUUGCUUACUUUACACUCGCUAAAACUGACAGCGAUAUGAAAUUGAUGCAUGGUGAUGAAUUGAGACUGAGAUAUGUAGGGGAACUCCACAAGGCAUGGUCGGGUGUGGGGCACGUUAUAAAGGUCCCUGACAACUAUGGGGAUGACGUAGGCCUUGAACUUAAAAGCGGCGCCGGAGCCCCAUUGGACUGCACCUCCAACUUUGUGGUUGACUUCAUCUGGAAGAGCACUUCUUUUGACAGAAUGCAACUAGCCCUGCGAAAGUUUGCAGUGGACGACUCAUCUGUAUCGGGGUACAUUUACCGACGCCUGCUUGGACACGAAGUCGAAGAAGUGUUGUUCCGUGUGCACCUUCCCAAGCAUUUCAGUGCACCCAACUUGCCGGAUCUGAACCGCUCCCAGGUUUAUGCUGUAAAACACGCCCUCCAGCGGCCUCUGUCUUUGAUUCAAGGCCCGCCUGGUACUGGCAAAACGGUCACCUCAGCCACCAUCGUCUACCAACUAGUCAGACAAAACGGGGGACCAGUACUAGUAUGCGCCCCUUCUAACACAGCCGUCGACCAACUCACCGAGAAGAUCCACAGGACUGGCUUAAAAGUGGUCAGAUUGUGCGCCAAAUCCCGCGAAGCUAUGGAGUCUUCUGUCUCGUUCUUGGCUCUUCACGAACAAGCCAGAGCAUUGGGCUCUGCAGAUAGUGAACUUCGAAAACUGACGCGGCUGAAAGAAGAAGCCGGGGAACUGUCUGCUGCAGACGAGAGGAGAUAUCGGGCCUUAAGACGAGCGGCAGAAAGGCGACUUUUAGAUGCUGCAGAUGUCGUCUGCACCACUUGCGUCGGUGCCGGAGAUCCCAGAGUCGCUCGGAUGCGUUUCCAGUCCAUCCUCAUUGACGAAGGAAUGCAGUCCACCGAACCAGAGUGUAUGGUGCCAGUAGUUCUCGGAGCCAGACAACUAAUCCUCGUCGGUGACCAUUGCCAGCUAGGCCCUGUCGUUAUGUGCAAGAAAGCUGCCAAAGCCGGCCUCAGCCAAAGCUUGUUUGAAAGACUGGUCGUUUUAGGCAUUCGACCAUUCCGCCUGGAAGUCCAAUACCGCAUGCAUCCCGAACUCUCUCGCUUCCCUUCCGACUUCUUCUACGAGGGUUCGCUCCAAAAUGGAGUCAGUGCUGAAGAGAGACGUCUGCACAAGAUAGAUUUCCCUUGGCCGCGGCCCGACCGCCCAAUGUUCUUCUACGUGACACAAGGCCAAGAGGAAAUCGCCGGAUCGGGGACUUCUUAUCUGAACCGAACCGAAGCGGCCAACGUUGAGAAACUGACGACGCGGUUCUUAAAAGCGGGCGUUCGGCCUGAGCAAAUCGGCAUUAUCACCCCUUACGAAGGCCAGCGCUCCUACUUGGUGCAGCACAUGCAGUAUCAAGGCAGUCUGCAUGCCAAACUAUACCAGGAGAUCGAAGUGGCCAGCGUGGAUGCCUUCCAAGGCCGCGAGAAGGACAUCAUCAUCAUGUCUUGCGUGCGCUCCAACGAGCACCAGGGGAUCGGCUUCCUGAGCGAUCCGCGUCGCCUCAACGUGGCGCUGACGCGGGCCAAGUACGGCCUCAUCGUCGUCGGCAACCCCAAAGUGCUCAGUAAACAACCUCUCUGGAAUCACCUGCUCGCGUUCUACAAAGAGCGGCGCGUGCUCACCGAAGGGCCGCUGUCUAAUUUGAAAGAGUCGGCUAUCCAGUUCGCGAAGCCGAAGAAGCUUGUGAACGCGCAGAAUCCGGGAUCGCAUUUCAUGUCGACGUCGAUGUUCGACGCGCGCGAGGCGAUGGUCCCGGGUUCGAUCUACGACCGCGCAAGACCGCCGCGGGACCCGCUGGCCUACGUAGGCCCGCGUGCAUCCAUGGGCCACACUGCAGUGCCCCUCGCCGCUUUCCCGUCGCACCGCCCCUUCCUUCAGUACCCGAUACAACAAACGCGCGCUCGUCGCCGUCCUCCGCUCCCGCGUUUAUCCCAAGAGCCGCUGUCGCAAGGCGCGCCGUUGUCGCUGUCGCAAGGCGCGUCGCAGGCGGAGUUGUCUCAGGAAUCUGCGGCGGGCGAGUGCCCCUCGCAAGUGGACGGGCUCCUGUCGCAGGACUCGUCGUACCAGGGCGGGUUCCGGUCGCGCGCGCCGCACUACUGAGCCGCGCGGCCGACGCCAGGACCCGCCCGGCCGACGCCAGGACCCGCCCGGCCGACGCCAGGACCCGCCCGGCCGACGCCAGGACCCGCCCGAGCCCGCAGACAUGCCGCGACCCGCGACCCGCGACGACACAAGACGCGGCCGACACACGAUGAUGCGUACAAAUUCAACGUUUCCGGAGGGUAGACAGGGUGCGAGUUCGCGGUCGCCACGCCGUACACUGUAGGACGAACAGCGCGCGAACGUUCGUAUUUGGAACUGUCGAAAAUUCAACGUUCCUCCCGUACAGCGAAGCGGACUCGUUCGAAGCGAAAACGCGGCAGCGAGCCGUCCCGCCAUCUUUUAAACGCGACAUCGACGGUAUCGGCGCAUUUUCUAUUAGAGAACCGAAUCGCCUGACGCGAAAUCACACCAUCUUUUAUUUUAUUUUUUUAUUUGACGUCACAUUUUACAAUUUAAGCGAGCGAAUGAAAUAUUUUAGGCGACACUUAUAUCUGUAAAACUAGUUUUUUUUUUCGUCAUCGUAAACUUCUCGUUGUCUUCAUAUAGAAUUUGGCGAUGGUUUUAAAUCGUACAUAACGAAAUAAGUCACUAAACUCAUCUAAAUAUUGCAGGAUAAUGUUGUUGUUUUUCCUUCUCAUAUUGUUUAACGUAAGCAUGGAAUAACACAUUAUAUCGCAUUCUAGUAGUUUGUCCUAGUUGUUUUAAAAAAUGAUGUAUUCAAUCCAAUAUAUAUUGAAGUAUCUUUAUUACACUUACAGAUAAACGCUAAAUAAAACCCUACAGUUCGGUAAUUUUGUUUUAUAAAAUGUCAGGUUUUGUUAAAUAAUAGCGCACGCCAUUUUCAUAGCCUAAUUCAUAAUUUAACGUCAUUUCAUGUGAAAAGGAACUAUAUUUAUGUAGUUCGUACUUUUUUAUGUUAGGAAUUAGCAUCGUAAAUAAUCGUUCACACGAGCGCUUUUUCUACGCGCGCACUUAAGUUUUCGACUUAUAUGCAGUGUAUCAAAAUGGAGCAUGGACUGAUAAAAAAAAGUCCAAGUUAAAGCCCUAUCAUCUAUUACAAACAUCAAAAAUAAUGCCAUGAAAAAGCACUCGUGCGUACGACCCCUAACCGUUAUCUUGGCAAUUGUUUCUUGAUUAUUGGUUGAAUUAUUAGCACAUGAUCUUCAGGCUUUUUCUGCAUUCGAUUAUUUGUUUAUUUGUAGUCGAAUAUAAAAAUAACAGUAAAUAAAAUUUACUACGUUAUUGGCGUUAAAGCCGUCAGUCACUCUUUAAAUUAAAUAUAUCGUAUGUUAUAGUUUUUAUUUAUUGUAAAAAUUUGGAUACGAAAACUUUUUUUUAUUUUUUUUUAUUUGCCAACAUGUUGAUAGUUUUUUAACUACUACUACAGUUACGGUUUGAAUAGGUUCGUCAGUUUUCAAUGGUGUUAAAAGCAAUUUUUUUGUAGUUGUAUGUUGACAUAAUUGAUUCAUGCUCCAUGCGCCUUGGUUAUUUAUAUGCCUAUAUAGAGCAAUCCAAAGAAAGCGCCUCAUGUUACGCGCAAUGUGUGUAGGACUCUGAUAUCAGAUUGUACUAAAGCAGUCAAUGUGUGAGUGUGUAACUACGAGCAUAUCUACCAUAUGUAGUAGAUAUUUUUUGUACCGCUUCCGGUAUCUACUCAGUAUAUAAUCAAAGCUCCAGCGCAAGCUAUAACCAAACCUUUUUAUUCUGAGACUACAAAGAUUAUGAUCUUUUGAUAAAACUAGAGUAUACCACCACUUAAACAGUGCUAAUAAUUUAAAUAAUCACUCAAGAUUAAGGUUAAUUGUGAGUUGAUGUAAACCGUAAAAAUAACAUUCAAUCUAUUGAAUCAAUAUGCAAUUAGAUUUUUUUAAACUUCACGAGUAAUAAGUAUACACAUACACAACAUAUGUUUAUAUAAAAAAUCAAAAACUGAUGUUAAAUUCUUUAUAGUCUAUUAACUGUCUUAUAUUUGUAUUAGUACAAUAUUGUAAUCUGUAGUGAUUGUAUUAUUAGUUACAAACGGGUAUUUUUCUUAGCAGUCAUCGGUUAGAGGAUUAAUAAAUAAAUAUGACGUUUUCAAACCAUUUUAAACCCGCCUGUGGUUAGUUAACUCCUUUAAGGUAAACAAUUAUUUAUUUCAUCUUAUCAAAAGAAAAAUAUUUUAAAUAUGAGUCUUUAGCAAACAGCAUCCAAGAAUACUAGAUUAUAAUACGCGGUAUAUUUUCUACGCACUUUGAACUGAACCCCAACCUGAAACAUUCGAUAGGAAUCAUUAUGCCAUCCUCGACACAAGUGGGUUAGACGGUUACGGACCUGUUCUUUUUGGUCUUUUUCUGAUUAUAACCACUUCUUGUAAAGCCAAAAAAAAACUGACUAAAAACGAAAUGGCAGAAUCCAGAAAUAGUCAUAUUAUAAGGCAGUCUUACCAGAAAUUAACAAAACCAGAAAUUGUCGUAUGCAAAGGCGGUCAUUUCAGAAAGUGAUCUCCAAACAUGUGUGGGUUUGACGAAAUGUGUAGAAAAUAUACCCGUAUAGGAAUUCUAAAUAUUGAUUCCAAAUGAAACGAGAAUAUGUCUCCAGCAUUCAUUCAUAUCUUCAAGCUUUCAUAAUAAACGUACCGAAAUAAAUAAAGACGUUUAUUUCGGUACGUUGGUGUCGGAAAAACUGAAAUUAUGCGAGGUAGUCUCCCUGUCAAAAUCAGUCUACCCUCCGUUGUAGUGUUGUAUUAUGCACGAUACCACUGGAAACUGGUUGUACUAUAAAUUUAGUUGAAUAAUAACCUAUAAACAUGAAAAUCAUGUUUGUAAAAAAAAUAGCAUUCCAUAAUAUUAUAACUAGCCGAUGAUUGCGUAUUCGCCUACAAAACAUUGUAUGAAAUGAGGGUAACGUCUCGUAUACCACUGUUGUAUCUACCCACACUAUUCUGUUGACCCAUAGUCAAAAGGUUAUUUUAUAUUGCAAGAUUUAUUUUAUAGUUUACUUUUGUGAAGGAAAAUCAAUAAAGAUUAUUAUCAUAACAUCAUAUAUUUCUUUUUCAUAAAUUAUACCUUUAAAUACAAUAUAAAAGAAGUAAUCAUAUAAUAAAAUAAUAAAAAUAACAUUUUAUCACAUAUACUACUAAUCAGAUUCCAAAAGCACCAAAGCAUUACCAUUUCGCUAAUAUUAUUACGAAGUAAUUGUGCAUAGAGCAUAUAAAGCUAUAAUACAAUAAUAGUUUCUUGGCACUGAUAUUUGUAAAACACUUUCAUAGAGAUAAGUAGAAAUCGGAUAUUUGAACAGCUAUUUACCUAAAACUCCAAUCAGAAGCUGAUAAUAUUGAGCGCACAUUUGUAUCACAAAUACCCUGAUUAAGUGUUUAAAAGAAUAAUAGAAAAAAUAAGUGGAUCUUGUUGUAUUCACUCCGCCAAACUUCUUGAGCAUCGAGCAUAGACAAGGAAACUUGCGCAGUAGCAAGUCUAUUUGUCGAUGGUUUUGCUGAAGAAGUUUCCUGCUACCUUUAAUAUACAUCUAUUUUCUGAAGUUGCUGAUUGCAACCAAGGUAUGUCAACUCCUAUAGUAAAGCCUAAAAAUUAAUUAAUUGGGUUUCAUAUUUUAGACAUUAUGUAGUAUUUUUUUUUAAACCUAAACAGUAAGUAAUAAGUAAGUGCCUUAUUAAUUUGCUCAUAACAAUAAUAAUUUCAAAACUUACAUCUUCAGAUCACUACUUCAAAAUGAGUGAUAGAAAGCGAUAGUGAAUAGAAGCUGGUAAAGGAUAAAGCCCCUACAUCCGAUGUCUACAGAUAACAUAAACGACUUGUUGAGAUUACAUUUAAGUCAGGAAUACACUUUCUGAAAUCUAUGAAAUUACAUUUAUUAACAUAAAACCAAUAGGUUACGUAAGUACUGACUUGGUCUCUAAAUUAAUUGGACGGUCUUAAUUUUAGUGGAAGAAAGUAUAAUAGGGUAUUUGACAAAUAUAUUUAUAGUAAAAUUACCCAUGUUUUAUGUAAAAAUAGUAUAAACCGCUGCCAAUAUUCAUCCUAAAUAUAGAUGCCAAUAAUAAGAACUUUAUUUUUAAUACUGUCAAAUACUCUAUUUGGAAAUAUAACUGCGAGAUUCAUUAUAAUAACGGCAAAAAAUCUGAUAAUAUAAUUUUGCCAGCUCACAUGUGUGAUUUGAUGCAUAAAUAACAUUUUGCUUGCUUGCUUUGCAUGUGUAAUGUCAAAAUUAUAUUUACAUUUAUAAAUUCAUUUAAUUCAUACUCCCUUCAAAGUAACAUAAACACACUACGUCUUUUUUUAAGAUAAAAUCUAUAAAUAUGGAUAUAAGAUCUUAAUACUACUAAUACGAAAAGAUCUAGUACAUGUAUACAAUUAGUUGGUUAUAAAUGCCAAAAAGCUCAGAAAGUAGUUGAGAAUGCAUUCAGUUUAGUGUUUCAUUGAGGUAGAGGUGGCGGUUGGACCGCUGCAUACGUAGGGUAGUAUGGAGAGAAGUUUGUCCCGCUUAUAUUGGUGUGGUUCGAGUCGUUUCUGUCCUGAAUCGUUUUCGGGAUAUAAGGCGAAGCCUUGUACACUGGCUCGGCUGAAAAUCGUAAUGAUUAAUUGUAGACUUUCGUAACGAGAAACUUUGAUGACAAAUACACAGGUUCGGCUAAAAAACGUAAUGAUUAAUUGUAGACUUUCGUAAUGAGAAAGUUUGAUGACAAAUACACUGGUUCGGCUUAAAAUCGUAAUAAUUAAUUGUAAACUUUCGUAAUUGUAGUUCGGUGACAAGUACACUGGCUCGGCUGAAAAUCGUAAUGAUUAAUUGUUGACUUUCGUAAUGAGAAAGUUUGAUGACUACACUGCCUCGGCUGAAAAUCACAAUGAUUAAUUGUAGACUUUCGUAAUGAGAAAGUUUGAUGACAAAUACACUGGUUCGGCUUAAAAUCGUAAUGAUUAAUUGUAGACUUUCGUAAUGAGAAAGUUUGAUGACAAAUACACUGCCUCGGCUGAAAAUCGCAAUGAUUAAUUGUAGACUUUCGUAAUGAGAAAGUUUGAUGACAAACACACUGGUUGGGCUUAAAAUCGUAAUGAUUAAUUGUAGACUUUCGUAAUGAGAAAGUUUAAUGACAAGUACACUGGCUUGGCUGAAAACCAUAAUGAUUAAUUGUAGCCUUUUGUAGUUGAAUUAAAAGUGUUAAUUAUAAGAUACUUACAUAGCGUGGGAUACAGAGACUGGUGCGGGGGCUGCGCCGGGGCCGCGCCCGGCAUCACCCAUCCUCCCGGAGCGCCCUCACCGUUGGGGGCGGACGGUGCCUAAAUAUUACAUCAUUAUCAUCAUCAUCAGCCUUUUAAUGUCCCCACUGCUGGGCACAGGCCUUCCCUAUGGAUGGAAUAGGGAGAUUGGGCCAUGACCCAGCACGCGGGCCCAGUGCCGAUUGGCGGGUGCUAACGACUGCAGAUGCAGCCGGGACCAAAGGCUUAACGUGUCUUCCGAAGCACGGAGGAACUCGAUAUAGAAGAAUUUUGGUCACCCAUCCAAUGACCGACCACUGCGAAAGUUGCUUAACUUCAACGAUCGCAGCCGAACGCGCUGACCAACCCGCGCCUCAUCAUCGAGCUCCUCUAAAUAUUAUAAUUAUACCAUAAUCAUUCUUUUUCUCUUAAGUAAAGUUAUUUAAGCCAAAGGUUGGUACCUUAAUAAUAUAAUUAUAUCAAAACCAUUUAAGUUAAGCCAAAAGUUGGUGCCUAAAUAUUACAAUUACAUCAAAAUCAAUGCGCCAUACUUUCAGAAUCUUCCAUAGGGGUUUCAUAUCAUGGGUGAAGGUAAAGUCUUCAAUGCAACCAUUAUAAUAAGGUAUUAGAACACUCAUGUCAUACUAUUAUCACUAGACUGACAUUCGUGUUUUAAUAGCCCUCAUUUAUUAUACAAUAGUUGCAUAAAUCACUAUUAUAAAACAGUAUAUGAGGAGCUGGCGAACAAAACGGUAUCAUUACGCAUCAGCAGACCCCUCUUUCCCAGUGGGCACUUUGGGCAAGUGCCCAGGGCCCCGCGAUCGAUAGAGACCUCCCUCAGAUCAAAUACAAAGUCCCUAGUUCCUGCCAGAUAACCAAACGAUAGCCAAUAUUUAUUACCAAAAAACUUAUAUAAUUCGAUAAAAUCGAAACUAAAUUAUUGACUACAAUACCAACUUAGUAGCUUUUACAUAAACGAAGUUAUUCUAGUCUCUCGGUAUAAUAAGCACAUACUCAUUUUAAAGAAAAAUAAUCAGUACUACACUCAUCAGUAUGACUCGCCUUUUCAAGUCAUAAUCCACAUCAAAGUCAUAGGGGCCCCAUUAUCCUAAUAUGCCCAGGGCCAAUAGGUUAAAGACGGCCCUGCGCAUCAGCCCCCCUAGCAUGAGCACCAUGUUAUGAUAUAUAACGCGUUUGUAUCACGCUCAAUUGAAAAAUUACUAUGGAGUUUGACAGUUAGACGCGAUAAAAAACGUGAUAUAAUAUAGAUUGUGGUGCUCAUGCUACAGGGACUGGUCUAACUACUUUUUUUUUACAGUCCGGAGGUUUAAUGCGAUCUGUUUUGUCGACAUUAAGCUGGAUUUUAUGAAUUUGGAAUAAAAAUGUCGUGCAUGGUACAUGAUCCAAUGAUAUGCCCAUCUAUUUUGACUUUUCUGUGUUUGUGUUAGAGAAGAUUUUGAGGAGCACGUCUCUUUAGUCUCUUAAAUGUAUUGUUUGGUUGCUUUUCCAUCAAAGUUCUUGCUAGUGGGUUAGGACCAUUUUGUAUUCUUUUGGAAUAGGUUUAAUUUGAAUCUCAAAUAAUUAUCAAUCAAAACCACCUAAAACAGUGUUCAAAUCAUUAAAUUUAUAAAUUAAAAACCAUGCCAAAACCUGUAGGUAUGUCAUUCAGUUUUAUACAGCCCCUGUAUAAUUUAAUUUUAUGUAAUUAUACUGAUUUCUUCGCCAUCUCCUCAUAUUAUUACGAUAAAUCUUACGGAAGGUUGCGGAUAUCCCGGCGUGACGGGCAGCACGGCGGGCGAGUCCCCGCCUUGUGUGGACGCUGGCCCCGUGGACAUUGGCCCCGCGGACGCUGGCCCCGCGCCCGGUAGCCCCACGAGCGGCACCGUGCCGAUGGUCACGUACCGCUUGCCUUUCAUGUUCAUAUGCAUACCAGACACCACGCACUCCACCUACGACCGAAAAAUUUUAUCUCAAUAAUAGGGUAUUUGGCAAGCUUUAGAAAACGAUCUCACGUUAUUUUGCUAUAUUUAUGGAAUCCAUAAAAAUUGUAUGUUCAUCAUUCUGUUGUGUAUUUCAGUAAAAAAAACACUAAAUAAAAAAUUUCAUUUUCAAGUUGUCGUAAAAAGGUCUCUCUGGACAUUAUGGCGUCUCACUAGUAGGUGACGUCACACCAUGAUUGUCAUUAUAACGUCAAAAAAUAUGAUAUAAUGUCAAUUUGAGAGGGAUUUUCCUCCUCAUUGGGUCGCAUUCCUCAUUACUGAGGGUCGUGACCUCCCUUCUGCAUCACUUUCUUCAGUAUGAUGGAAUGGAGAGGGAAUUUACUAGCGUGUAAAGUCAUUACAGCCUUCGCCGAUCCCAGGCGUUUUCGAUCACGUGACCAUAGAACAAAAAAAUAAUUUCUAUUUAACGACUUUUUGAAGUGAAACUUCUUUACGCACGCUUGACUUGGGCGGUAAGCUGGCGAAUGCGUUACGCGUUACGAAAAGUGUGUUCGGGCGAGGUGAACGGGGGUUAAGUGGGGGAUAUAAGCAAGAGAUAGCAAUGUGCGCGCACAUUUUCUUUCUAUCUUUCUCUUAUAGCUAGUAAAUGAAAUAUGUAUAUGUACAUUCAUGUAUAUAUUGUACACACAUAUAUAUCUAUAUUAUAUACAGAUGGAGCUAAAGAAGUUUGACUUCAGUCGUGUGGUAAUAAGCAGACUCAUUUUUUUAAUAUACAUAUAUCUAUAUAUAGUUAUUAUUUAUUUGUUAUCUCAGAAUAGUCACUGUUAAUACUCAUAUUAAAUGCAUAUGCCAACCAUUGGUACUUUAUUUUUCAAACUGUCAAAUAGCCUAUUAUGUAGAAUUUUACAUGAUGUAUUCAUUAUUGAUUCACAUUUCACUAAUAGUCAAUUUAUAGCGCAGAGUAGAAGCGCAUCAAAACGACUCUGAAAUAAAACAGAGCAAAUUCACUAUAAUCUCUGUAACAUAAUGUACCUACAUAUUUCUUUGCUUUCUGUGAUGAAAAGAAGACACGCGAAUUCGGGUGCAUUUGACGGAAUUCUGCUGAUUUAUCUGCUCAGAAUGAAUAUGUGCAUUACAUUGCAGAGAUACAAAGAGAUUAUAUAUAGACAAAGAAUAUGAAUGGCAUAGAGCCUGUUGUUAUUUAAACUGCCUACAGUUAAUAGCAAUUCUCACCUUCAGAUCAUAAUCCAAAUCAAUGAUAUUGCAGUUGACGAGAUUCGAUGGAGGAAUAGGGGGUAUUUCCAAUGUCAAGUUCCAAUGUUUUGUAGUGCUUGCAGGUGCUGGACCUUCUUGGACUGUUAGAAUCACAGCUUUAGAUUUCUUCGUUACAGUCGAUGGUGAUGUAGCUCGAUAGGUAACUAC